AUAAUUCAACAAAAUCAAGUUGCAAAAGGCCUCGUGGCUUUGCCACUCGCGCGUGCUGACUUAAUCUUUGCUCCUGUCGCUUCGGGUCUUCGCAACUCCUCCGCUCUAAUAAGCCACGAAGGCCUGGGCGAAAGGCUACGGGCCGGGACGAGCAGGCGGCCACGGGUUGGACGUGUAUAGACCAUGCCGUGACUCACGGCCCUGGAACCUGCCCUACCCGCUAGUAACGGCUCUUUGUUGAGGGUUGCUCCGAGGGACAUUCUGACCGUUACCUAUCACUUACGACCGGGCAGUGUGCGCAAAAAUCUGUUCUGUGCAAAUAUCUUUUACCAGGGACUGAAAGUUAGAGUCCCAAGAGCUUUGUUGUGAUAUCCAUUCCGGCUGACUCCAAGACUUUCACAAUGAAGUCUACUAAGAUCAUCUCCGUCAUCUUCUGGCUCAUGGCAUCCUUACAUCAGUCAGGUGCCGAGGAUGCUCAAUCCUCCUCCCCUCCCACCUCAUUACCAGGUCAUCUCAAGCCCUUGGCUUCAGAGGCUACCCGUCUCCCCGUCUCAGUGAUCCAGGACUUCCCUUCCCCUUACGAGUUCUUCCGCAGCUAUGUCUACCCUUCCGUCCCCGUCAUCAUCAAGCAAGGAGCUCGGCGUUCGCCAGCCUUCCAGAAGUGGACCGACGAGUACCUGAAGAGCUUGCCCGAGUCCCAGCAGCUGAUCAAAGUGGAGAUGCGGAAGGUUGAAGAAAGACCGUUACCGAAGAUGAAGAUGCCCUUCGCUGAAUUCCUGGACAGAUACCAAACCACCGAUGAGUACCUUGUCGCAAGAGUCCCAGAUUUCCUAAAGAAAGAUGUGCUGAUCCCGCCAUCUUUGCACUGUACCAACGUCACUGCUAAUUUGCUGGAAACAAUGCUGUGGUUCAGUAGCGGAGGUACCAAGUCCCACGUACACACCGACUAUGUUGACAUUAUCAACUGUCUGUUCAGGGGCCAGAAAGACUUCCUCCUCGUCAACUACACGCGCUACAGAGAACAGAUUAUUUACGAUCAUCCAGAAGGCUUCUACUCGAGUGUAGACGUGGAACGAGUCGACUUGAACAAGUUCCCUGAACUGAGGAACCUGGAGUUCCAUGAAGCGAAACUGCAAGCUGGCGAUUGCAUCUACCUACCUUUCAAAUGGAUUCAUCAGGUGAAUUCCUUCGGCAGCAACGUUGCAGUCAACAUUUGGUGGAAUCACCAGGCCUACGUCGUGCCCUCCCCGGAGUCCUGCGGCAGGCCGGACCCGGAGCUCGAUAUCUCGCUGGCCGAUGUCAGAUUCCCGUACCACGACCAGCCGGACACCGGCAUAGGCUUUCUGAGGGAUCUCCACCCAGAAGUGGAUUUCGUCAGGGACCCGUCAGCAAGUUUGAGGGCAUUUAUGGACGAGGAGGAGACGGAAUCGCUGACCGAGCAGCAAUUUUUGGAAUUCAUGGACAUGAUGCUGUCAGGACCGGAGGGUGAGAUCUGGACGGAGGAAGCUGUGCAUGUUGCUCACCAGAUGUUCCAAAUGCUCGAUACUGAUGGCAAUGGUGAGAUUACAUCACACGACAUGGACAAGUUUCCUGUAAAGAUCAACAAGUUCGACACCUUUUUCAUCAAUCUUGGGCAGAAGAUGAUGAUCCUAUGCGACAUCGCUGACGGUCAGAUUUCUAAACAAGUGCAGGAGAUUUUGAACAAGUUUGAGGAAGACAAGGUCCGGGAUGUUGGAGACACACCUUCACAUGAACACGGCAGCAAGUACAGAGGGACCAGUGGUCAUACGCCCAUGCGCAAAGGGGAACUGUAAAAUAUGAACCAACUCAUAGUUUUGUCAUAAAUUGCUAGGUCUAUAGUUUGCCUGAAAAAAAAUACAAUGGAUGAAGAUAAUGGAAGAAAACUGUAUCUUUGAAUAAAAAACAUAAUUACACUA